AUGGCGGCUCUCAUCAGGCAUGGCUCUCUCAUUUCUCCGCAUUCGGCUAAAAAUUCAUUACUCUCUUUAAUAAAGGCGCCAGUACGUCACGAUGUCGUAAGAUGUAAAGCUAACAGGGCCAAGCAAAAACAAAAACAAUCAACGAUCAAAGGAAAAUGGGAGUGGAGUGAAAAGUCACUUUCAACACGAGGGGCUUCAAUUAUAGGUUUUACAGGAGUUUACUUUCAGAUAUGUCGAACCGACGUUUUAACUUGUUCGAACUCGGACUGCGAAAACCUCGGCCAUUUUGAAGUGCCACCCCCUCCAAAUUCUUCCCCAUUCCUUCGGCCACUGAAGCCUUAUGAGCCACCAGCAGAUGCCUCAGAGAAGCUGGACAAAAUUUGCAAGGCCGAAGGCCUGUCAGAGAAUGACUCAACAGAGAUAAAAGAUCUAAAUCUGAGAUUCAAGUUAUUUAGCGCUUGUGCUAAUGAAUUCAAGUGUCAUAUUCCUAAUUCAGUGAUGUUUACUAUACGAACUAUAGGAGACUUGAGGAACUUUUACCACACUCCAAUAAACACAACUCUGCCGCUAGAAGCAACUAAAGACUUAGAGUUGCCGCCUAAUCUUCACAUUCAGUACGAAUACAACAGGUUCAAUCCAGAAACUGACACUAAAUUUGGCGGAAAAACAGCAUUUCCUAAGAGUUCAACUCUUGUCACUGGUCUCAAAUAUAAAAAGAAGUACCCUAGUCUCAUACUUGACAGUCCUUGGUCAUGA